CCGAUAGCGGCCUUCGCGCUUGUGCCCCAAUCCGCUGUGCUCUUUGCGGCCGGGGCUGUGGCUGGCGCCCUAGGGAAGACGUUGACGGCACCGUUGGACAGAGUGAAGCUUCUGCUGCAGACCCGAGGAGGUUUACAAGGGGGCGCGCUAAAAGCAGCCGCACGCGGCGGCGGCGUCUGGGACGCACUGGUGGUCAUCGGCCGGGAGGAGGGCUUUCUGGGAUACUGGAAGGGGAAUGUUCCGCAGAUUCUGAAGGUGGUGCCCUACAGCGCAAUCCAGCUGUGCUCCUACGAAGCGGCCAAGCGGCAUUUGCGCAACAAGGAGACCGGCGAGCUCAGCGUGCCUGCUCGGCUGGCCGCGGGCGCCUUUGCCGGCAUGACAGCAACCCUGGCGACGUAUCCGCUGGACACGCUGCGGCUGCGCCUGGCGGUGGACCCGGCCUCAAGGAGCGUGGCGGGGGCGGCUGCGGCGCUGAUGCGCGAAGGCUCCCACCGAGCAUUCUUCCGAGGCCUCGGCGCCUCCAUGCUGGGCAUCGCUCCCUAUAUGGCUCUGGAGCUCGCUGUGUUUGACCUGAUGCCAACAGACGUGGCGCCAUUCGUGCGAGGCUUCAGCUCUGCGCUGCUUGCGACAACGCUGUGCUAUCCGCUCGACACUGUCAGGCGGCAAAUACAGCUGCAGAGCACGGGCGGCGCAGGGCCACUGCACAUGGCAGAGAAGAUUCUGCACAGGGAAGGUCUGGCCGGUUUCUACCGGGGAUUCCUGCCCAAUGCACUCAAAAACCUGCCCAACAAAGGUGUCCGUCUGGCAGUGUUUGAUGGUGCAAAGAAGCUGCUCAUUAGAGCAGACGAGGCCUACAAGGAAGAGCUGGAGAAGGCGGAUGGCACAAUGUACAGGCUGAAAUAG